AUGUUCACGACGGUCGACACCCUUAUUUGCUCCACCUGCGUCGCUCUCUCUCUUGGCUAUUUCUUUCUUACAUCAUCCCACACAGAAGAUUCAAGAUACCUUCCUGAUAGCUCUGGUGGACAUCGCACAGAUGCGUUCAUCUUGGAGACAACUGUGACCCACGCCCGGCUGCUACCCUCCCCGUCGUCCCAUAAGUUUACCUACCCAGUCCUUACUUUUUUCUUCCCUCUUCGUGCCCUUGAGUCACACAAACUCUCUCUGAUACACGGCUGGCUACUCUCAUAUGGAGGUAUCCUUGGGCGAGUCGUUGGCAUAAGAGCUAACAGUUAUCUUUACGACGAUGGCGGCGCUGAGCAGUCCAUCAGGAGGAAGUUAGGCAAGGUGUUGAGCGAUUUCGGUGUUACUGAUGUCGAUACUGGAGAGGAAGGAGAAUCAAAGGAGCCGAAGUUCGAUGCUUGGAUGAUGACAAUGCCGGCGUAUUUUGGCUUUGAGGGAAUCAAUCCUCUGACAGUGUACUUUUGCUAUCGCGACGCGGUACCAGACGAGCUCUGGGUGGUGGUCCUGGAGAUUCAUAAUACGUUUGGCGAGCGCCACGUUCAUGUCCUCGAGUUGGGAAAGAACGAAGAGCUGCCUGACAAAGGGUACAUCCUCCUGCCCGUCGUAUCUCUUCAGCUCACAAACCUAUGUUACAGGUUUGACCACCAGUGGUCAUUUGACCGUGCAUUUCACGUCUCGCCAUUCAACGAUCGUCUUGGUACAUACACCAUCUCCGUUCGGCCUCCGUCUCACUCUCCGUCCUCCCAGCCUCCUAGUAGUUCCUCUCCCGGGGCUCUACAAUCCAAUACCAUAAAACCCGCAGUCCGCGUCCACUUGCAUGAACCGCCUUCGUCGCCAAACUCUUCUCCAUCACCCUUACCAGAGAAGGGCACCCUCAAACUCACAGCGCUCCACUUUACGCGAACUUCCACCCCUCUCACCGCAGGUUCCCUGAUCAAAAUGUUACUUCGAUACCCGAUCGCGCUGUUUAUGAGCUUGCCGAGGAUCCUGAAGCAUGCUUGGAUUUUGCAUUAUAGAAAGGGGCUGGGUGUGUGGAGGAGGCCGGAACCUGUUGCAGUAAGACGAGGUUGGGGAAGUCAUACUGGGAGUGGAGGCGAGGGCGAUGUCACUGGUGCCAAAGUAACCGCGCCGAUGAAAGGCGGAGGAGUAGGCUGGCAGGCCCCAACAUUACUUGAAAUGUUGGCAAAGAAGGAGGUCCUUCGUUUCUUGGACAGAAGGGCGAAGGAGUUGAAUGUCGAAAUUGUUCUUGUUCCAGGGGACCCGAACGCACUUGUUCGGACGUAUUCGCCGCGCCGACCAGCAGACCAAGAAGUCAAACCCGCACCUCACCUCACAAUCUCCUACCUCUCCCCUCGCCUCUUCAUUCUCCUUAUGCUUUCUUCUUCUGCAUCGGAGGCCCUUGCCUCAGGUGGUCCUUCCAAAGCCCGCGCUGGCGCGAUAACCGAGUUUGUCGCCAACGACGAAGUUUUAUUCACAAGAGUAUUCGACCGUCCGUACACGGGUACCCCCACCGCCGAUGCAUCCUCUACCGCGAAAGCUAUCACCGAACCUGAUCCAAAAUCGGUCGUCAACACAAGCGACAAAUUACUCAAGAUCCUCCGCUCACACAAACCACUGCCCCUGCCUCCUUCUCCACUCCUUGAACACCCUUCGCCACACAACUCGAAGUCGAUAGAUGUAUCGGAUAAUGUGGGUAUAACAGGAGGCGGAUGGAGGUGCGUUGCAGUCCUGGGGUUGCUCGUUGCGGCAGAGUGGGUGGAAUGGUGGGCUUGGAAGGCUGUUGGGGUCAGAUGGGCUGGCAUUGAAGUGCCCACGCUAGGAAACGAAGUCGGUGACGAUAGUGAAAACAGGGCGCGACAGGAGAGGGGUUGUAUAUAA